AUGUUCAGCCGCAUCAAGGACAAGUUCUCAGCCAAGAAGUCUUCCACCGAGAAUCACACUCAUCUCGACAUGGGCAACUCAAACUCAAACUCAAACUCAAACUCAAACACCAAGAACAACAAUCCCUUCCUCGAUGUUCCCGAGGAGGCUCCCCCUACUUAUGAGUUCACUCAAAAGACCGCUCCUCUUCUCGACAUUCCUCAGCGUGGAGCUUCACCUGCUCCUAGCAUGUCGAGCAUCACCAGUGCCGAAGAUAAAUACGCCUUCCUGUCUACUUUCGAUACCAUAUUUGUCAUUGACGACUCUGGAUCCAUGGCUGGUCGAUCGUGGAGGGAGGUUCGAGAGGCGCUGAGCACUAUUGCCCCGAUCUGUACUUCUCACGACCCCGAUGGUAUUGACGUCUACUUCCUGAACCAUCGAUCACCAGCCGCCGGAACUGGAGUUCAAGCACCUGGUGGAUAUUUCCAGAUCCGUGACGCCAACCAAGUCCAACGUCUGUUCGAGUCCGUCCGUCCCCGCGGAGCAACACCAACGGGCGCUCGUCUUCACAGCAUUCUCAAGCCCUACGUCGCCCAUCUCUCCCGCCGUGCGGCCAACAUUGACUCGACCAAGCCGGUCAACAUCAUCGUCAUCACCGACGGAUGUCCCACGGACGACCCGGAGAGUAUCAUCGUUCAUCACGCUAGGAAGCUUGAUCAGAUCGAGGCUCCUCCCCAUCAAGUUGGUAUUCAGUUCUUCCAGGUUGGCAACGAGCUUGGUGCCACUAAGGCUCUGCGUGAGCUCGACGAUGAUCUCGCUGAUCAGGGCAUUCGCGACAUGGUUGAUACAGCAACUUGGAAUUCCACUACUUCGGACAAUAGUAAGGCUUUGACCGCAGAUGGAAUUCUCAAGGUUGUUCUCGGUGCUGUUGUGCGACGCCUCGAUCGCAAGUCUACCCGUAGCUCUCCCCAGGGCCGUCGUCACUAA